AUGGUACAAGCCUGCUUGGUGUGCUCCAGACUCCGUAACGGCAGCCUGACAGCCCGGGCAGCCAUGGACAGGACGGACAAGCCCAGUCCCUCUGCCAAGAAGCACGUGCGCCUUCAGGAGAGGAGGGGGUCCAAUGUGUCGCUGGUGCUGGACAUGAGCUCGCUGGGGAGCGUGGAGCCCAUCCAGCCCGUCUGUACCCCUCGAGACAUCACACUGCAGUUCCUGAGGACGUCCAGCCAUGUGCUGAGGAGAGAGGAGCUCCAGCAGCGUGCCCAGAGCCUGACACUGCUCCAGGAGGAGUUUUCGAAAAUCCCACCCAACUUUGUCAGUCCAGAGGAGGUGGGGAUCCCUGGCCAUGCCUCCAAGGACAGAUACAAAACCAUCCUUCCCAAUCCUGAGAGUCGGGUCUGUCUCAGGAGGGCAGGGAACCAGGAGGAGGACAGCUACAUCAAUGCCAACUACAUCACGGGUUACGCGGGGCAUCCUCGGGAGUACAUUGCCACCCAAGGACCCAUGCUGAACACCGUGACCGACUUCUGGGAGAUGGUGUGGCAGGAGGAGGCUCCCCUCAUCGUCAUGAUAACCAAGCUCCAGGAGCGCAAAGAGAAGUGCGUCCACUACUGGCCUGAGAAGGAGGGCACCUACGGCCCCUUCACCGUCUGCGUGCAGGGGGUGAGCGAGGGUGUGGAGUAUGUGGUCCGGGACCUCUGCAUCCAGCUUGAAGGUGAGCGCCGCCAGGUCAAACACAUCCUCUUCCCUUCCUGGCUGGACCAGCAGACACCCGAGUCAGCCAAGCCCCUGCUGCACUUGGUGUCCAAGGUGGAGGAGACUCUGCAGGCUGCAGCCAGCCCAGGGCCCAUCGUGGUGCACUGCAGUGCAGGCAUUGGCCGGACCGGCUGCUUUAUCGCCACCAGGAUCGGGUGCCAGCAGCUGAAGGAGAAGGGGGAGGUGGAUAUCUUGGGAAUCGUGUGCCGCCUCCGCAUCGACAGGGGCGGGAUGAUCCAGACGAGCGAGCAGUACCAGUUCCUCCAUCACACACUCGCUCUUUACGCUUCCCAGCUGCUGGAGGCGGGGGGCCACUAGCACAGGGCUCCCCCCAGGCUCCCACCUCCCCUGCCCCAGUUGCGG